AUGACCUACAGCAUAUCUGCGUGGGGCAUUGUUGUAGAGUCACUGUUCAUCACAGACAUCAUUUUCAGUUUUCGCACAGCUUUCAUCGACAAGUCAGGGCAGGUGAUCGCUGAUGGUCGACAGAUAUGCAUCUGUUACCUGAAGACGUGGUUCACAGUUGACCUGAUCACAUCACUGCCUUUCGACCUGCUUACGUUUACCCUUGACGUGAAACUUGUCCAGAUGAUUAAAGCUGUGCGUCUGCUUCGUUUGCUGAAGCUUGGGCAGAAGAUGGACCGCUACACUCAGUAUACCUCAGGGGUCCUGAUCCUGCUCAUGUCCGUGUUUCUUGUUGUGGCCCACUGGAUGUCUUGCAUCUGGUAUGUUAUUGGCCAGAUGGAGAUGAACUGGGAUGUUGGAUGGCUUCGCAGGCUGGGGAAUGAUAUAAAUAUGCCGUACCAUGCAGUGGGAGCUGUAAAUGCGCCCAGCGGUGGUCCCCCCAUCCACAGCGUCUACAUCACAUCACUCUACUUCACCCUCACCAGUCUUACCAGAGUGGGCUUCGGCAAUGUGUCACCAAACACUGACGCAGAAAAGAUCUUCUGUAUUUGCAUCAUGGUAUUAGGAGCACUGAUGUAUGCUGUGGUUUUUGGCAGUGUGACAACCAUCCUCCAGGGGAUGUACUCCCACCUUUCCCCUCGUCGCACAAGAACCGAUGACCUGCCAGCUUCCCUCAGGCAGAAACUGUUGGAGCACAUUCAGAUAACUAUCAACAAUUGUCUUGACAUUAUUGAGGACCAGAAGAAAGAUUAA